GGCGCAGCGAUGAUGCGGUCGGUAGUGGGAAAGUGGAGGAUUCGAUCCCGGUGAUUGAAAUCCGAGGGGAGGGCAAGCCGAUGAGUGCCGCUCAGAUUCGCCACCUCGAGGAGCUCAACAACGGUGGACCACUGGAUAUCAAGAUAGAAAGGACUUGGGUUCCAGCAAAGUGUGAGGCAGUGGCGAAGAGAAAGGACUUUAUCACCUUUCACUAUAAGGUAUUCACUGAAGAGGGCAAAAACGUGUACCAAACGUACGGUGAGAGUCCGGUGACGAUCCAGCUGGGUGUGGGCAUGGCCAUGCCCGGUCUCGACAAAGGUUUGAAGGGCAUGUGUGCUGAGGAGUUGCGCAAGCUGCACGUGCCGUACAGGUUGAGCCGCAAGGCGAAGAGUAAAAUAUGGAAGAAUAUUCCGAACGAUGAGCACUGGCUGAUAUUCAAUCUGGAGGUGCUCUCCGUAGAACCAUACUCGCUUCACCGCCAAUUCGUGUUCCUCGACGCAGAUUCCAAAGGAAAAUUGACAGAAUCUGGACUUAUCAAAUGGUUGGAGAAAAUGAAAAAAGACUACGGAAAGACGUGGAAAAAUGAGGAUAUCGAUAACGUGUCUGCCGUUAAGUACUACAUCAGAUACUUUGAUAUCAAUGGGGAUGGAGAUGUUGACGAGGAGGAGUUCACAAAAGUAAUGAACAGAGACGAAACAAGUAUGGAACACACCAAGUCGAAAGCGAAAGGCCGGAAGAGGGAUCCGGGACUUGCAUGGAUACUCGACUUCGACAACGAUGGCGUCGUGAGCUACACAGAAGUUGACAGUGCACCCGAAUUCCUGGAAAAAGGUCCUGAACGAUUGCCCGUUUUCAAGGACGAGUUGUGA